AGCAUCAGGAGCAUAGUGGUGAAUAGUUAACAACAUGUGGAAGUCACAUUAAUCGACAACAGAAAACACCAAGUCUUAAUGAGUUCUGUAUGUUAUAUAUUUAAUUGUUGGCUCACCGGUGCAGAAAAAUCUUAGCUGUUAUUUUAGCAUCGGCACCUUGUCUACCUUCAGGAGCAUCCGAGUAACGUUUACGUUCCUGCUCAGCGGGUGGACGUCACACACUGAGCAUCAGAGCAAGUCAUAAAGGGCAGCUGUAUAAACCGAGUCAGGGAGUGCUGUGAUCAUUAUGGACGACUUGCAGAGAGAGCUAGGGCUUUUCGAAGAUUUACAGGAUGACAACAAUUCCUCAGACGACACCUCUUCAAAAGGGAAAAAAUCAAGGCUCCCUCUGGUUAAUCCCAUGUGUGCAGCGACACCAAAGGAAACCGGGUUUCACAAGACUACCAGAGCCUGUCUGGAGCUGAUCAGAGAAGCCCUGCUGCAUCAUCGAUGGCAAGAGGCAGCAGAAUAUAUGGCAUGUUACCCACAAAUAUUAGAGGACCCAACCAAUGGCCAAGGUCAGCGGUAUAAGGAGCUUAUUUGGAGAAUAAGCGCUGAGAUCCUUCACCAUCAUCCCAACUCAAAGAUGGAAGACUACAACAACAUCUAUGAACGGAUGAAACACUCAGGAGUUAAACAUUACCUAAUGAUCUCUCUGGAACAUUGUUUCCACCUGCUGCAUAAAGGUCACAUCGAGGAGGCAAAGCAUCAGCUGUCUGUCGCUGAAAGUUGGAGAUAUGGGAAGGAGUCAGUAGCUCAGUAUCAGAGGAUUAAACUGAUCCAUGCCUACAGGAGCUUACUGGACUACAUGAUAUGGUGUGACAAAAAGUAUACCUGCUCCACCAACGCUGAGUAUCCCGACUGUGUUGACAACCAAGACAUGCACAACUACUUCAGACAGGCCUCUGUGAAUCUUAAGGAGAUUUUGAAAAAACCUGGCAUCUGGGAUCCCUUCGUACUGAGUUACGUUGAGAUGCUGGAGUUCUAUGAGGAUCACGACGAGGCUUUGAAAGUCCUGAAUGAUUACGCAUAUGACAACACUUUUCCACCCAAUCCCAAUGCGCAUGUCUAUCUGUACCAGUACCUAAAGCGGCAAAGUGCUCCAGAGAAAGACCUGAUGAAAGUAUUGAAGAUCCUCCAUGUGAUGGUUCCAAGCCAUGAGUUGAUGUUGGAGUACAGCUCUCUCCGGCUUCAAUCAGAGAAAAAAACUGACAUCCAGAAAGCUUUAGGAGUCGUUCUGGAAAUGCUGGACUUCGCCUGCUGGAGGAGCAACCUGGAUGUGUGGAAGCGUUUAAAGGCCAUUAUUCAAAAACUACAGUUACAAGAGGACUGGAGGGACUCUGUCGCUGGAAAAAUGGCUGCAAGAAAAGGCUGGUGGCCUGCGCUGCACUUCACAAGCUUCCACGCCAGUAAAGACUCUGAGGAGAACCCAGAGCUCAUGGAAGUGAAGGCAUCACUGACAAAAAUCCUUUGCCCUGACCUAAUGCUCAAAUACACCGCGUGACAGGUAACCAUUGGAGAGGGAACGUGAGAGAAGAACUCAAAGAGAAAAUCAAUUAUGUCUUUAAUUCUCAACCAAGAACAGAGCUGAGAUGCUAUCAGAAUGGAGAAACAACUGGAAAACCCAGCAAAAGCAUCCCAAUGAUGAUGAAGAGCUAAAGUCUCGAUAUGUUUUUUUCACAUGUUGUUUAUCUGAAUGAACAUCUAUGAACAUCCAUAUUUUCUUAUUUAGCCUUGUUCCAUUCUGUUAAUUAAUUGUGCCUGAGUGUUAGUUCAUCGCCCACUAUGUGGAGCUCUCGUUCAGUUUCUUUGCACCGAGUAUCUGAAGGGUAUGACCGCCUAAUUUUGGCAGCGUGGCUCUGAAUGUCAGUGUUCAUGUUUUGUUUUGUGUUUGUUUCUGUAAACAGUUCAAUGGAACCAGAGUCUCAUUCUGACCUCAGCUGACCUUUAACUGCUGGUCUGAGGGGCUUUAAGGUCACAACACACUCAGCCUGAGGGAUAUUCUCUUUGUCAAGUUUAAUUCAGCCAGAAUAAUAAACACAGAGCUUUCAGCAACAUAAUGUGCAUAUGUUUAAGUACGUUGGACGGACCAAAGACAGGUGGUUGCUGCUAAAAGUGUCAGUAUGAGUCCUUUUUCCCUGAAUGUGAGAGGGGCCUUCAGUAAGAGAUCAUAACUGACUUGUGGUCAGCUUGCAUCUUACACCCAUGCAGUAUAAGCAGCACUGUCAAUCUUCAUUUUCACAAAGAGGCUUGUAUAUUUUUACGUCAUCUAUUUCUUUAAAAAAAAAGGAGGCUUUUGUGUGUUUCUAAUGGCGGUUUCCUGGCCUUCAACCGUGUGCUUACUUUCCUUUAAAGACCCAACCAUGAAAUAAAGUCUUGCGUCCAGCAG